GAAACAGAGAGGGGCGGGGGAGCGAGCGAGGGCCUGGCCUGGCCGGGGCUGGACUAGAUGGCCUGGCGGGGUCCCGGCUCGACUAUUUCUCUGAGUCUGGCGGUGGUGGGCUCUCCUCCCCUGGAGGUUAGUAAGCAGAGGCACGGGGGACGCGUCUGCAGGGGAUGCUCCUUGCACGAAGGGGUUGGACUAGAUGACUCCUGGGGGUCCCUUCCCGAGAAGAGGUUUCGCAGCCAGGUGUCUCUGGCAUUUUGGAUUCUAGGAAGGCGACUCCUGCUUCUUGCAGAGCCUUUUCCCUGCCAGCUGCUCCUCCCGUUCGUGGCCAAGGGAGGGGGCAGCUCAGAGCCCGGCCAGGACAGCCCCCCCCCCAUGAAGCCCCUCCUCCGGCUGUGCGCGAUGCCCGGGGCUCCUCCGGGACUCCUGCUUUCCAGAGGGACGGGGCGAGGGGUGAGCUUGCUCCGCUCGCCUUUGCAAGGGUCAAAAGGAGCUGAGCCGGAUUACUCAAGGGGGGAGGAAAUAAAGAGGGGGCAGGUCCCCCCCCCCAGAGCUAAACCCCUCCCUCCAGCCCCCCCCCCUUGCAUAGGGAGAGGGGUGGCUUUGAUCUCUCUCUGCAAAUGCUGCCUCGGGGCCUCCUCUUGGGAUCUGGUGAGUCUCCCCUCUCUUCCCCCUGUGCGUGCAUUGGGGAGAAGGGGGGUCCCGGGGCUGCAGGGGGAGGGGGCAUGGGGGGCCUGUUCGGCUCAUGCAUGGAGGACCCACCAGAUCAAGGAGCAGAGGGGCCACCCCCACUCCUUUCUCUCUGCAAAGCCAAGGAGAGGGCUGCCUGUCACUUGGGGGGGGGGGGCUGGGCUUUGGGUCAGGGGAAAAGUCGUGCAAAUAAACCCAAUUCACACUGAUGCACAAGUCACAUUUCUUACCAGAGGUGGUAGCCAGACAUAAACAUUCGGACAUUAAAUACACAAUGAAAAUGAAAACCUUAUCUGUGCAGUAGAUAAAUAAGGAAUGUUGGAAGGUGGAGGGCAGAGAAAUAAAGUGUUUCUUCCUGCGUUGCAGAGUUAAAGCUUUGGAACUCCCUCCUGCAGGAGGCAGGUAAAGUCACCAACCUGGAUGGCUUUAAAAGGAGGAGGUUGUUGUUGUUGUUUAGUCAUGACGCCUUGGACCAGAGCACGCCAGGCCCUCCUGUCUUCCACUGCCUCCCGCAGUUUGGUCAAACUCAUGCUGGUAGCUUCGAGAACACUGUCCCACCAUCUCGUCCUCUGUCGUCUCCUUCUCCUUGGGCCCUCCAUCUUUCCCAACAUCAGGGUCUUUUCCAGGGAGUCUUCUCUUCUCAUGAGGUGGCCAAAGUCUUGGAGCCUCAGCUUCAGGAUCUGUCCUUCCAGUGAGCACUCAGGGCUGAUUUCCUUCAGAAUGGAGAGGUUGGAUCUUCUUGCAGUCCAUGGGACUCUCAAGAGUCUCCUCCAGCUCCAUAAUUCAAAAGCAUCCAUUCUUCGGCGAUCAACCUUCUUGAUGGUCCAGCUCUCACUUCCAUACAUCACUACUGGGAAAACCAUAGCUUGAACUAUACAGACCUUUGUUGGCAAGGUGAUGUCUCUGCUUUCUAAGAUGCUGUCCAGGUUUGUUAAGAGGAGGAGGAGGAGGCAAAUUCAUGGAGGAGGAGAGGGGAGCCACGCUGGGUCUACUCUGCCCCCCACAGUGGGCCCUUUGGCCUGAUCCUGUGGAACUCAUCUUCUGUUCUGAUGCUGAGUUUGUCCCGAUGCAAUCCAGACUCCUGGCUAACCCAUGUGCGCCCAUUCAGACAUGCAACCAUUGCUCAGAUACCCUGAGAAUCUUUGGAGACUUAACAGAAAGCCGUACUGAGAACCCCGGGGGUCUCACCAUCCAAGGAAAGGAAGCAAAGCUCAGCUGGGGGUGAAACAGGCAGCGCCCCCCUCUUCCACCAGCCCCCUUUGCCCAAGAGACAAUUAUCUGAGUUCCCUGGCAAGGAGGAUGGAUUGUUAAACCACUCUGGGGAGGGGGGGGGUGUCUCCUAGCAACUGCCAGCAUCCAUAACUGUGGUUCCCAGGUUACAGGUAGGUAGCCGUGUUGGUCUGCCGUUGUCGAAACAAAAUAAUAAUAAUAAAGUUCCUUCCAGUAGCACCUUAGAGACCAACUCAGUUUGUUCUUGGUAUGAGCUUUUGUGUGCAUGCACACUUCUUCAGAUACACUGAAACAGACAUCACCAGACCCUUAUAUAUAGGGAGAGGGUGGGGAGGGUUUUUACAGUAUCCCAGGGAUACUGUGGAGGAAGCCAUAGAAUCAGUUGGAAGUGGUACUGAGGAUCAUCUAGUCCAACCCUCUGCAAUGUCAGGAGCCCUUGUGGUUAAUUAAGAGUAAUAGUCAUAUUUCUCCCUAUGUUACCAAUGAAAUUUUAAAAAUGUUGGUCUUUGGUUGAAUGUGGGAGCGGUGUUCAAAGUGAAGAUAAUUUCAAUUUAGAUCAACCACACUGAGCCAAUUGCUUAUGGAGUGGGUGGGUGUUUUCUUGCACUUUUAUUUUCCUCCCCCCUACACUUUAUUUUUUUAUUGUUCCAGUUGUUAUUUUUGUUACUCUUAUUACUAAAACUACAUUUAUAACCCAGGGCUGGUUGCAACCAUAUUCAGUAUUAAAAACACACGUCUCAGCAGUCGGAUAUUGUGGUAAAGAGGGGGAGGUGCCUGGCUGGCCUCUCUUGGGAGGGAAUUCCCUCACUGAGGAACUCUUGGGUCACCCCCACCAAAAACUCUGAGGGUGGUGAUGAAACUUCCAGGAGGACCCUAUCUGCCAACCUGAACAUCCAAGAUGGUCUGUAGAGAAGGAGACAGUUCAUCAGAUAUUUCGGGGCCUAAGUGAAUCCUUGAAUUGAGCCUGGAAAUGAACUCCACCCCAUACACAUUACUCAUUCGCCAGUCACAGUUCUGACUUCAGUCUUUAACUGAAACUAUUGAAAGGCAAGAGCGACCAGGCUCAUUCUUGGCACAGAAAUCCCUUCAGUUGCCUGCACAUUUUGCAUGGUAACUUUCCUUCUAGGAGGGCUAGAGGCUUGCUUCUCCUUCUUGCCUGCUUGUUUGCUUGUUUCUUGAAGAAAGCUAAGAAUCUGAGCUGUGAGGGGGUACAGGCCUUGUUCCCAGCAAGACUCAACCAUGCUUGCUCAGGGGACAUUUUUUCUUCUCCUGACAGUGUAUGAAUUUUAUAACAGAACAAUGUAUUUGCUCUGUAGGAUUUGGUAGCACCUCUCAUGAGGACAAAAGGAACUUGUCAGAAGGCCAAGGGUUCCUUCCAAUAUCUUAGAGGUUUCCUGAGAGCCCAGAUGGAUGAGCAAGACUCCGCUGGCCCAGAAGCAGGAAGAGACCAUGCCAUCGAAACUGAGAGCAGUGAAGGAUUCUGGGAAAGCUCCAUGCAGAAGAUCGUGAAUGAGAAGGAUACCCUCUGCUCAGAUGUGCGGAACCAGCAGUUCAGGCAGUUCUGCUACCAAGAGGCCAAUGGACCCAGAGAGGUUUGCAGCCGACUCCACCACUUUUGCCAUCAGUGGCUGAAGCCAGAAAGGCACACGAAAGCUGAGAUGCUGGAUCUGGUGAUCUUGGAGCAGUUCCUGGCUGUCCUUCCACUGGAGAUGGAGAUCUGGGUGAGAGAAUGUGGAGCGGAGACCAGUUCCCAGGCGGUGGCCCUGGCCGAAGGAUUCCUCCUGAGUCAGGCAGAGGAGAGGAAGCAGGCAGAGCAGCAGGUGAGAGAGACUGGAUAUUCCCCGGGGUCUCUUAAAAGGAGGGAGAGUAUCCCCCAACACUGUAAUAGUUUGCCCAUCCUUUUUUGGAAAACUUCCAAGGAAUGAUGUCUGACGCCAUUAGAAGAGUUUUGGAUUUGAUAUCCCGCCUUUCACUCCCCUUCAGGAGUCUCAAAGCGGCUAACAUUCUCCUUUCCCUUCCUCCCCCACCACAAACACUCUGUGAGGUGAGUGGGGCUGAGAGACUUCAGAGAAGCGUGACUGGCCCAAGGUCACCCACCAGCUGCAUGUGGAGGAGCGGCGACGCGAACCCGGUUCCCCAGAUUACGAGUCCACCGCUCUUAACCACUACACCACGCUGACUCUCAUUAGAGUGUUUACAUCUGCCAUUCUUUUUCUAAUUCUUCUCAAAUCCUUUUUUCUCUUUCAGAGAAAGGAUCCAUUUGCAGAGAUGCGCCUGGAUUCCUCUGAGGCAAAGAGGACUUUGUUGGACACCAGAGAGAUGCCCCCAGGUAGGAAGCAAUGAGGUUUUUCUCUCUCUUUGGUCACAUUCUGUGGAUGUGAGAGGUCUUCACAUCUUUUUGGAGAAAACAUUUGUGACCUGGAAUCCUAAGGAGGGGAGAUGUCUUUUUACACAGCUAAACGAUGAAAUGGGUACAAAUGUCCAAAUGAAAGCAGCAAGUGAGAAGUGAGGCUUUUUCUAAGGCCCACCUGUAGCUAGGGAUGCACAGCUUCACGUCUCGGAGAAGCAUGCCCUCAUGGCUUCCCAUUUAACUUUGGCAGGUGACAGAAGGAUGCUGACAAGACCUCCUCAUCUGCCUUUCCAUGGAGGUGGAGGAGAAGCUGUGGCUGUGGAACCAGAUCAGGUAGCGGGAAGGAGCCUUGUGGGGAAGAGGCAGGUGGGUGGGGCAGCCAGACUGCUUUUCAGCCCAAAGGAAUCUCCUCUCUUCCUCUUGACUUCUGUCAAAGCUGCCCUGAACAAUGUCUGAGCAUGUCAAUCAAAGUUUAUGUGUUGAGAAUAAGGAUCCUCACCUAGACUGGCCUUUAGAAGGUUGCUAGCAUUAUUUAUCAGUAGCUUCAGUUUAAUUUACAUCUUUAUCUCUUAAUGCUAAAAUCGGCUUAUAAGCUGUUGGAAAACCAUACAACAGAGUGGUGAGGAUUCACCUAACAGCUCCACCAGCUGUACGGUGAAGCUAUUUUCCCCUCUCACCCCCUUCCCUGUGCCCCCAGGUGCCCCUUGAAGUUGGCUUUAAGGCACCAGGAAGGUUCUGCCCCAGAACAGCGGACAGGGGGUCCUUCCAUGGGGCAAACAGGAAGGCUUGCACAGAUAAAAUGAUCUGAAGACCACCUUGUGGAGUUCCACUCUUUCCCAAAAGAUUAAUACCCAUCAUUAAAAGACACAAUUAAAUACAUUAAAAGAAUUUCACGUGUAAUUAAAAUAUGCAGGAAAACAAUCCCAUUAAAACAACACAGCCACUGACAAGCAGUAAACAACAGAGCAGUGUGUAGUAGAUAAUCCUUUGCUGUCUAAGAGGAAGAUGCUUUUUCCUUUUAGGGUCCAGUGUGCUUUGAAGAUGUAGCUCUCCGUUUCACAGACGAGGAAUGGGCGUUGCUGGAUCCUGACCAGAGAGCCCUGCAUAAGGAAGUCAUGGAGGAAAAUCGUGGGCUCAUGGACUCGCUUGGUAAGGCUCCUGUUGGAUGCUAAUAUCAGUUUUGGAAUUCAGUACAUACAGUAUCUCUAAGUAACGAACCUCCAAUAUGUUGAUGGGGCUCAGCCGGACCACAUACAACAUCUGGUAUUCUAACACCUCCCCAAAGCACACCUUGAAUGGAGAGCUAGCUAAUGUUUUGUCUGUGAAUGUUCUUCCUCCAAUUAUGCUUUUUUAAACAAUGACCAGGCUGCUCUGAAAUGACCGGACUGUCAAAAUGUAGGCUUCGGAGUGCUAAGGGAAGUAGCUUCUGCCAGGAUGUUUAUUUGUCUUGUCUUAUUGCUUCUGUCAGGUUUUUUAUUACCAAAAAAGGCAGGCUUCCAUGAUAGGGCCAAACAAGAAAGAGCCAAGCUUUUCCAAACUCAGGUUACCAAAGAUAUGUCUGUUAAUGCCAGUUAACAAAGGUAGCAAACCCUGUAGGAAGACCUCACAACUAAUUCCGUUCAGUUCUUCCUCUAUCACAAGCAUUCAUUAGCAUCGUUCAGUAAUUUGGGGCUGCGUUUCUUCCUAAUUUGUUUCUCUCUUCAUUGCAGGUGGUGAUGAAUUGGAAAUUAGGAACAAGAGAGAACAGGACAAAAUCCACACAGUAGAAAAACCAUAUCAAUAUUUGGAGUGUGGAGAGGGUUUCAGGCAGAGCUCCCAUUCCUCUUCCCAUCAGAGAGAUCCCAAUGGACAGAAACCCUAUCAGUGCUUGGAAUGUGGAAGGAGCUUCAGCCGGAACUCCAAUCUCACCUCCCAUCAAAUAAUUCAUACAGGGGAGAAAGCAUAUCACUGCUUGGAAUGUGGAAAGAGAUUCACCCAUAAGAAAAAUCUCACUUGCCAUCAAAGAAUUCAUACCGGGGAGAAUCCAUACCAGUGCUUGGAAUGUGGAAAGAGUUUCAUUCGGAGAGAAAGUCUGACAUCCCAUCAAAGAAAUCAUACAGGGGAUAAACCGUAUCAGUGCCUGGAAUGUGGAAAGAGCUUCAACCAGAAGAAAAAUCUCAUUUCCCAUCAAAUAAUUCAUACAAGGGAGAAACCAUAUCAGUGUUUGGAAUGUGGAAAGAGAUUCCGUAAGAGCUGUCAUCUCACACCCCAUCAAAGAAUUCAUACUGGAGAAAAACCAUAUCAGUGCUUGGAAUGUGGAAAGAGCUUCAGUCGGAAAGAUAGUCUCAAUUCCCACCGAAGAAUUCAUAGUGGGGAGGAACCAUAUCAGUGCAUGGAAUGUGGGAAAAGCUUCACCUGGAAGGAAAGUCUCAAUUCCCACCAAAGACUUCAUAGUGGGGAGGAACCAUUUAAAUGCUUGGAAUGUGGAAACACUUUCAGUUGUAAGAGAAAUCUCACUUUCCAUCGAACAAUUCAUACAGGGGAGAAACCAUAUCAGUGCUUGGAAUGUGGGAACACCUUCACCCAGAAGUUAAGUCUCAUUUCCCACAAUCUAAUUCAUACAGGGGAGAGACCGUAUCAGUGCUUGGAGUGUGGAAAAAGUUUCAAUAAGAGGGGCAAUCUCACAGCUCAUCAACGGAUUCAUACAAGGGGGAAACCAUAGUAGUGCUUGGAAGUGCUUCAGUAAGCACCAGUCUCACUGCCCAUCAAAGAACUCAUAGUGCAGAGAAACCAUCUAUCAAUGGCUGUGUAUGAAUUUAAUUUUAGGAGACUUCAGUAUGUGGAUGAGCAUUUCAAUGGAGUCGACCCUCAGCGCCCAAUAUUUCUUCAAGUGCAAGUCGCUGUACGAGGUGUUGAAUACCUUUUCCACGUCACAUCUGGGGAGACGGUUAAUGGCGAUUUGGCAACAUUGACGAGGUAGCCAUCAAUGCUCAUCUCUUCUCUGAAGACGUUGACAAGUGAUUCGUACUUCAAGAACCUCCAAGUUUCAAAUUUGUGCUGCUGCUGACUGCAACUGUGGCCCUUUGCAUGUCCAGGAUGGUGUCAUCAUAAGGCUCUUCCUGGUAUCUGCUGAGGACACACAGAAAAUAAGGACACAGUCCAGGAGGAAGAAGCAAAACCAUUGCAUAACAGUUCCACCAGCUCCCAUCCCUCCUAGACAGUCCAGAACGAUGCUGUGGCCAACAGUAUCAAAAACUGCUGAGAGAUCCAGCAGAACCAGGAAACAGCUUUCACCUCUGUCUGUAGUCUGCCGGAGAUCAUUGGCCAGCACGACCAAGGCUGUUUCAGUCCCAUGAUGGGGCCUGAAGCCCCAUUGGAAAGGGAUCCAAAUGGUUUCUCUCGCACCACAUGAAAACCCUCUUGAAUGAAGAAGGGAUAACACACGAGGAGUUUUAGCCACACCUUGAAGCAAAGCUCAGUCACUGAGAGAGAUUUUAAAUCUCUUCUAGAAUCAUAGAAUCAUAGAGUUGGAAGAGGCCACAAGGGCCAUCGAGUCCAACCCCCUGCCAAGCAGGAAACACCAUCAGAGCACUCCUGACAUAUGGUUGUCAAGCCUCUGCUUAAAGACCUCCAAAGAAGGAGACUCCACCACACUCCUUGGCAGCAAAUUCCACUGUCAAACAGCUCUUACUGUCAGGAAGUUCUUCCUAAUGUUUAGGUGGAAUCUUCUUUCUUGUCGUUUGGAUCCAUUGCUCCGUGUCCGCUUCUCUGGAGCAGCAGAAAACAACCUUUCUCCCUCCUCUAUGUGACAUCCUUUUAUAUAUUUGAACAUGGCUAUCAUAUCACUCCUUAACCUCCUCUUCUCCAGGCUAAACAUGCCCAGCUCCCUUAGCCGUUCCUCAUAAGGCAUCGUUUCCAGGCCUUUGACCAUUUUGGUUGCCCUCCUCUGGACACGUUCCAGUUUGUCAGUGUCCUUCUUGAACUGUGGUGCCCAGAACUGGACACAGUACUCCAGGUGAG